CUCGACAUACCAAUAAAGUAGCGUAGGUAGGAGGUAAGGAGCCGGAUUAAGUGCUGCGGAGAGAGAGAAACCAUUCAGAGCUCAAUUUUUGCCAAGGCACGUUUUGCCCCUUGGGCUCAAAAAUGUCAUUGUCGUCUUCGACAAUGCAGCAGCGUAUUCUCUUAUCAGGAGGAUUGCUGCUGCUUCAGUUUCUCUCCCUUCUUGUUGUCAAUGUUUCUGGAUCCGAGCCUCGUCUAGUUAGGAGCCUUAUUGCUGCUGAUCCGAUAGAAGGUCAAAUUGCCAAGCAUCAUAAACCCAAGUUCAAGCCAGGACCAUGGGGCAAUGGUCAGGCUACGUUCUAUGGAGGUGCCGAUGCCUCUGGGACUAACGGAGGAUCAUGCGGUUAUGAGGAUUUAAGCAAACGCGGAUACGGUCAACUAACAGCUGCAAUAAGCCCGUCACUGUACAAUGAUGGUUUGGCAUGUGGUUCCUGCUAUGAGGUCAAGUGUCUUGAUCAGAAAUGGUGCAAGCCAGGGCAACCCUCUGUCUUUGUUACUGGAACUAACCUUUGCCCGGAUUCACAAUCAGCAGUUCAUUUCGAUCUUUCCCAACCCGCAUUCAGUCAAAUAGCCGAUUUAACUGGCGGUAUCAUUCCUAUUCAAUAUCGAAGGGUUCCAUGCAAGAAAGAAGGAGGGAUUCGAUUCACAAUAUCGGGGAACCCCUAUUAUAACAAGGUAUUGGUGUGGAAUGUAGCAGGCGCAGGAGAUAUCAAAAUGGUGAAGGUUAAGGGUAGCAAGAAGUUAAAAUGGACAACAAUGAGACGAGAUUGGGGUCAGAAUUGGGUCACAGAUGCUAUGUUAGUUGGUGAAUCUCUUACCUUUAGAGUCAUAGCCGGUGAUGGACGUAGUUCUACUUCUUGGCACAUCACUGAUACUAACUGGCAGUUUGGUCAGACAUACGAAGGCAAGAACUUCAAGUAAUCGAUAUCGUCAUGAGUAGAUAAACUUAGAGUUCCAGAAUGGACCUGCAUUUAGUAGUUUCAAUUACUGACCUAUCCUCUCUUUAAUUAAGAAUUUUACUUAAAAGAUCAAAAGGCUUGCAUGGUUUUGAUGUGUUUUUGUA